CAGAUGGAUAGGUCUGUAGAGGUGGCCAACAUGACCAAGGUCCAUCAGUUCAUCUUGCUGGGCUUGUCUACUCGGCUGGGGAUAAGGGACGCCCUGUUUGCCAUCUUCCUGACUCUCUACCUGCUGACGCUCUUGGAGAACACACUUAUCAUCUACCUCAUUUGCAGUCACGGUGAACUCCACAAGCCCAUGUACUUCUUCCUGGGCAACCUCAGCUGCCUGGAGAUGUGCUACGUGUCAGUCACCAUGCCUAGCUUGCUCAUGGGACUGUGGAAUGGGCUCCACUAUAUUUCCUUUAUAGCCUGUAUGACCCAACUCUUCUUCUUCAUUGUCCUUGUAGGUACAGAGUGUAUCCUUCUGGCCUCCAUGGCUUAUGAUCGCUAUGUAGCCAUCUGUCGGCCCCUGCACUAUCCAUUGUUUAUGAGGCCCCAGGUCUGCCUGGGCUUGGCCAUGACUUCAUGGCUGGGAGGGCUGUUGGUCUCCAUGGUCAAGACCACAUGCAUUGCCACGCUGUCCUACUGUGGCCCCAAUGUUCUCAACCAUUUCUUCUGUGAUGUCUCCCCUCUGCUCAACCUGUCCUGUACCCAUGUUGCCCUAACAGAGCUGGUGGACUUCAUCUCUGCCAUCGUCAUCCUCUGGGGUUGUUUCCUCAUGACUAUGGCCUCCUACGUGGCUAUUGGCAGGGCAGUUCUGCGAAUGCCUUCUACCACUGCCCGGCACAAGGCCUUCUCCACCUGCACCUCCCACCUGGUAGUGGUGGGCAUCUUCUACUCAGUCACUAUCUUCAUCUACGCCCGUCCCAAACGCAUAGAAGCCAUGGACCUUAACAAGGUGCUGUCCGUCAUCUACACGGUGGUCACCCCCAUGUGUAACCCCAUCAUCUACUGUCUGAGGAACAAGGAAGUACAAACAGCAUUCCGAAGUACUAUGCACUGGUCCUGA